ACGAUUAGGCGUCAGUGGCGCGCGCCGUGGGAAACCCGAUAAGCCGCAUGGCUGCUGGUUGCUCAGAGGCGCCGCGGCCAAAAGUGGCCUCCGAGGAGACCCCGGUGGGACCAGCUGGUAUCCUGCCUUGUUUAGAGUUGCCGACCUACGAGGUCGCUUGCGCGCUAGUGAGUAGCCGCUAUUCCUGCUUGCUGGCCGGGCCUCACCGGAGGCACAUCGCGCUGUCGCCGCGCUACCUCAACAGGAAACGCACGGGCAUCCGAGAACAGCUGGAUGCGGAGCUUCUGCGCUAUUCCGAGAGCCUUUUAGGUGUCCCCAUUGCAUAUGACAACAUCAAAGUAGUGUGUGAACUGGGAGAUAUUUAUGAUGAUCAAGGACACAUUCAUCUUAACAUUGAAGCAGAUUUUGUUAUUUUCUGCCCUGAACCAGGGCAAAAGCUUAUGGGUACAGUUAAUAAACUGUCUUCCAGCCACAUUGGCUGUUUAGUGCACGGGUGUUUCAAUGCAUCUAUCCCUAAACCUGAGCAGAUGCUGGCUGAGCAGUGGCAGACGCUAGAGAUAAACGUGGGUGAUGAACUAGAAUUUGAAGUAUUUCGUUUAGACUCAGAUGCUGCUGGAGUAUUCUGUAUUCGGGGAAAAUUAAAUAUCACUAGUUUACAAUCCAAGUGCUCUGAAGUUUCCAAAGAAGUAACAGAAACCAGCACUGAAGAAGCUGUUGAAAAACCUCCAAAGAAGAAAAAGAAAAAGAAGAAAGACCCAGAGACUUAUGAAGUGGAAGACAGUACCACAGAACUGGUAGAUAUUGCAGAAAACACCAUAAAGGAAGAGACAGACCUGCAGACUCAUAAUAAUGUGGAUGGCCUCUGGAGGGAUGAGCCAAAGAAGAAGAAAAAGAAGAAGAAGUACCAGGACGGUCAGGACCAAGACCCUGUUUUCCAAGGCAGUGACUCCAGUGGUUACCAAAGUGACCAUAAAAAGAAAAAAAAGAAAAGAAAACACAAUGAGGUUGCUGAAGUUACCACAGUUUUAGAAAACUCACCAAAAAAGAAAAGAGAAAAAAUGGUCUGCCAAAGGAGCCUCUGAAGUACCAGAGCUCUUAAGAACCAUGCUACUACUGACCAUAAGUGGGAAACAGUGACUGUUCUUUCCUUCCAGGUGCGUGGUUGGUAUUUUCUUUCUUCUUUAAGUCCAAGAGGUUAUUGGAGAAGGCUGUUCACUUGUUACUUGUUAAUUUGUGCUGCAGUCAGUCUGUUUUUGUGGUGUGUUGGAGAAAGAGAGUCUGAUGAAGACAGAAUAAAUGUGAUUCAAACUUAGUGGGGAAUUUCAAGAUUACUUUUUCAUGUUUGGGCUAGGCUAUUAGAAAUUGUUCUAAAGAGGAAACACCUGUUCACAGUUUUCAUUGAGAAAAUGUAUAAUGUAGCUUGACUAGUUAGAAAACACUGAUUAUGAAAUGACAAGCUAGUUUGGACUAAUAAACAUUGCCUAGUGAUAAUCAUUCAUGUAAUAAAUAUUUCAUCAUCUGCUAUGUGUACAGUGUUCUACUAAGGCCUGGGAUAUAAUGGGAAACAAGAUAGAUGUAAUCCUUCCCAUAAGAGAGAAAGAUGCAUACAUUUAAUGUAUAUAUAGAAUAAAAUACAGACAGUAAUUAGAAAUAGUUUUGUGAAGAAAAAGAAGAUUGUCCACCCACUGUUAACUAUGUUAUCUGCUGAUUGAGUGGUUGAAUUAACUCCCAAUGUCAGCCAUUUUGGUUGCCAUUUAUCUAGUACUAGGCAUAGUGCUGGCCUCCCAUGGCUUUAUAUGAUAAAUUCUGCUAGUGGUAUAUCUACAUCUAAAUUUGUAAUGAUAAGACAUAGAGUUUGGAGGGUAUCAGACAUUCACAAAAUCUGUCUUCAAGUUGAUGUAUCAGACAGUGGAAGGGUGCAGGUGAGUGUCCAGACAGUUUAGAUACAUGUGGCUUUGGGCCUUUGAAAUAUGGCUAGUCUAAAUUGAAAUGUGCUCUUAAUGUAAAUUACAUAAUAGAUUUUGAAGAUGUAGGAAGAAAAGCAUGUAAAAUAAUUAUGUUGAUAAAAUCAUAGUUUCACUUUUUUUCAGUUUGUAUUUCUACUAGAAAAUUAAAAAUUGCAUUAAAAAUGUAAUCACAUAUUUCUUUUGGACAAUUCUGGUUUAAUAGAAGGAUGAGUCAAAAAGGUUUGAAACAUUAUACUAUAUUCUCAGGGCUUAAUGUGGUGGUGUACUCAGAAAAUGUUUAAUAAAUGCUUCCUUCAACAUUUAAAAUCUGAAUACAUAAUUGUAAUAAAUGUGAUUUAAUCUAGAAAAUUCAUUUUUAAAGAAAGAAAUAAUUCUAAAUCUCCCUCCCCUAAACAAACAAGCCAAGGAAAUUGUCAAAUUUAUGCUAUUUAUGAAAAUAUACAUUGUGGCUUAUCAAAAUAAGCAAUUUCUUGUGUUAUAUUUAUUUUGCUUCUAGUAGUGCUACUGCCUAUCACAUUUUGUUUUAAAAUAAUUUGCAUCUUUGCAGAAAAAUGGGAGCAUUUUAUUGAACUUGAGUGAAUUUGUGCUUUUUGACGAUGUCAGUAGGUUUGAAAAGUCAGAUGUGACAAUUUAUCUUGUCUAGAAUAUAAUGACUUUGCUAUUGUAAUAUGAAGAAACUGAUGAUGGUAUCCCUCAAAUAUCUUCAAAAAUUUGUCAAGUUAUACUAGCGUAGGUUUUAUUUAUCUCAGUAUUUGCUAACUGUAACCCUCUAACCUCAAAGAAUCUCUUACCUUCUCUCCAAUUCCUAUCAUUCACCAACUUUUAAUCAUUGGUAUGAGCAGAUGAUUAAAAUGGUAUCAGCUCUCAAAGUGCUUACAGUUGUGCCUGUGAGAGCAGAAGUAAGUGUAAUAAGUGUGAUAGAUUUAACCUUUUCACCCAUUUCACUAAAUGCAUCCAGAACUUUGCCUGUAUAUGAUGUGAUUUUUCAAGUAUUGUUUUAGUCCAUCGUGUGUCAGUGAUAAUUUAGAUGGAAAACUUGCAAAUGUUAGAAGUAGAGUCUCCUUAAAUUGCUUUAUAUACAUUUACCACAUGAAUCAUCUUUGGACAUUUUUCCUGCAAAAAGAAGACAUUUUGUGUUAGAAAAUUAAUCUGUGUUCCUUAAAAAAAUUUUCCAGCAUCAGAAGUUUAUAUAGUUCCUUGCCAUCUCAGUCAUUUUUCUCCCUCCCUAUCCUUGCCCAACCAUACAGACUUGACAGUUCUACUUCCCAGAAAU